AUGAAUCCGGCAAAUCCUCAAGUCAGCGAGAAUAACGGCGCUGCCGACGAAGCGGCACCGGUCAGAAGGCGUACACCGCGCACAAACGUGAUUCAGCGAAUUGUCAACUCAAUCAUCACGCGCGGAGAUGGCGAUUUGCCGGCGGAUAUUUGGCCACUGAAGAGCAACAACUCGACGGCACCGAGUCGCCGAUCGGAUUCAUAUCCGUUGGUUCUCAUCGGACACCCAAGAAACCUCGUCUACCGACUUAUUUAUCAAACGGACGCCGUCAUAAACAAAAUCGCUGGGGAUUCGGAGGAAGAUCAGAUUUUCCUCGAUGACCUCAAGAAUCUGCAAAACGCGCUGUUCUAUUGGGAGCCGCUUCCGAAAAAGACUCCGGAAGAGAUUAGAGCGAGUGCAAUGAUGAGCGUCUUCGACCAGAUUCCUGAGUUGGCGCGCCAAUACGAUCAGCUCAUGGACGUGGUCAGAAGCUUCAAGCAGCAUCUCGCUGAUACACGUCGCCAACAAGGAGAGGGCGAAGCCUCGCAAGGCGAUCAAGAGCAAUCCGAGAUAAUUAUCCUAUUUUCAGAAAAAACGUGA